UUGAAAAAUGUCCAAACAUUCCAUGCGAAAUCAAAGAAAAUUAAAUGUAUCAAUUUCUCAUCAACAGAGAACACAGAAAACUUCUACAAUAAUGAUAAACCAUCCACAUCGAUUACACCAACCGGCAAGCGAACAAAUCAUAUUGAAAAUGAAUUUAAUGCGAUUAAAGCAAAAAAGGCUCUUAUGGAACUAGUUAAAACAACAUCGGAAUUUGUUGAAAUCAAAUCAUCACACGCUCGUAAAAUAGUUUGGUAUUACAAGAAGAAUAUCGACGAUUGCUUUAACUAUCAUACAUUCCUCGAAUCUUCAAAGAAUAAAUUAAUAAAUUUACUUAAAUUUCUAUCAGUUAAUCAUCCAAUCAAAUAUAAUCUGAAAAUGGAAGUUACUUACAAAAGACCACAUUUAGAUAACUCAUCAGAGAACAGAGCAUUCAAAACCAUAUCAAAAGAGAUUUUCACGGAUACACGUAUAAGAAAUGUGAUUGAAAAAUAUUUUACAAGACUUAUUCAAGAAGAAGACGAAUAUAUUGGUAAAGGAAGUGGUUUCACACUCGAAUGUAUCGAUGGACUGUUUCUAUGUGUAUACAAAUAUACACCAAUGGGUGGAUCGUCAUAUAUAAAAUUACCUGACGAUAUCAGAAACAAAAAAGCAGUGAUUAAUCCACAAAAUACAGACCAACAAUGUGUCGUGGACCGGUGGAGAGCACGACGCAGUCGUAAUAAAAAAAAAAGACGACCAAUGUGUGCUGGCAGUAGCUGGUGAGCCGUGUAUUUCACAGCGCAAACGCACAAAUAACAAUAAUAAUAAUAAUAAACAAGUUCAGGCGUAAUGUAAUGAACUACGAAUAUAAAUGAUAAUCACCAACGAGGUGAUGUAAAAAAAGAAAUUGUGUGGUCGGUUUUGUAUGUACGAUGACGAUGUAUGAAAAAUGGCUGUCUACAUAAAAGGGCGAUGCGUCGUUCCGACGACACUUGCCUCCGGCGGAGCCUAUGCUCCGCUUUCCCCGCUACUGUAAGAGGGCGCGGGGUGCGACGCAUCGGUAUCGCGAUCCGCAAACUGUCAACUGAUUAGGAGACUAUAAAUACGGUCGGCGGCAUCCGUUGUAAUAACGGCCGUCGCCGGGUCCGCAUCAAAUGUUUUAAAUGGGCAAUACUGACAAAACAUAUCGAUGAAUAUCGUAAUCAAACCAUGUUUAUAGAUGAAGAACAUCUUUACGGUUUUUCAGGUCUUAAAUUUCCAACACCUAUUACAGAUAUAUACAAAUAUACGAUUAUCUGUUCAUAAAUAUUUAUGAUUGGAAAAACUUGUCUCCACGUCCACCGAAGUUAUUGGAAGUAGUGAUGGGAAAAAUGCGGAUGUUUGAAGUUCGAAAUUCGAAAUCCCAAGUUUACUGUAAACCCGGAUUUCGGAUUCUAAAAUCUAGAUUUUGCUUUGAAUCCGGAUUUCGGAUUUGAAAACAUUGAAUUAGUAUUCUUUUAAGAAUUAUUUAUAGUAAAUAUAAAAUAAUUAGA